AUGGCUACCCAACACAGCCGCCGUCAGAACAGUGGCGAUGGCAAAGCCGUCGCCGAGGAGCUCGAGAAAAAUGAUUUGGAGGCCGGGCAGUUUGCGGCGGAUGAUGCGCAUUUGACGAGGAGGAUUUUGUGGAAGUUGGAUACUAGAAUCCUCCCCGUGCUGGCAGUGCUGUUUCUCUGCUCAUUUCUCGAUCGGACGAAUGUGGGAAAUGCAAGAUUAUACGGACUCGAAGACGACCUAGGCAUGACGGAUCAUCAAUAUGAUAUUGGUCUGGCCGUGUUUUACGCGACUUAUAUUUGCAGCGAAAUCCCCAGCAAUCUCGUCCUCAAAAAGAUCAGCCCACAGAUCUGGCUCCCUUUCUUGACCUUCUGCUGGGGCAUCGUGGCAAUGAGCCUGGGCUUCGUCCAGAACUUCGGCGGCUUUGUCGGGGUGAGGGCUAUCUUGGGUAUGACGGAGGGUGGGCUGUUACCUGGAAUGAUCCUCUACUUAUCCGGCAUCUACAAGCGAGGCGAACUCGCACUGAGAAUCGGACUGUUCUACACUGCUGCAUCGCUCUCUGGUGCUUUUGGAGGUCUCCUCGCCCGCGGAAUUGCUGAGAUUGGGACUCGGGGCGGGUUAUCUAGCUGGCGGUGGAUUUUCGUGAUUGAAGGCUUGCUGACUGCCAUUGUCGGCCUCAUAACCUACUUCAUCCUCCCCAACGGACUUGCCUCGGCUCGGUUCCUUACACCAGAGGAGCGUUCAUUCGCCAUUUCGCGGAUCCACGGUGUUGCACACGGAGAUGGCACGCAUAGCAAUUACAGGGAGCAAGCCGAGAAAUUCACUUGGUCCGAAGUCAUCCGCGGUGUGGCCAACCUGCAAGUCUGGCUGACAGCCAGUGCCUACUUCGCUAUUCUCUCUGGCCUAUAUUCCUUCGGUCUCUUUCUCCCCACCAUCAUAGCCGCCCUAGGCUACACGGCCAACGAGUCCCAACUCUGGUCCGUAAUCCCCUAUGCCGCCGCGGCAGUAAUAACCGUCUUCAUCGCCUUGAUAUCCGACCGCACCCGCUCCCGGGGCAUCGUCAUGCUGUGCACGCUCCCCAUCGCCAUCAUCGGGUACGCGGGCAUCGCCAACGUGACGUCCCCCCGCGUCAAGUAUGGCAUGACCUUCCUCAUGGCUACGGGGCUGUAUAGUUCCGUGCCGCCUGUGCUGGGAUGGUUGAGCAACAAUUCUGCGGCGCAUUAUAAAAGGGCUACCACUAGUGCGCUGCAGCUGGCUAUUGCGAAUUGUGGCGGGUUCGUGACGGUUUUUGUUUAUCCAAAUAGGCAGAAGCCGCAGUUUCAUGAGGGCCAUACGAUUAUUUUGAGUUUGUUAGUUGCUGCGUGGUUUUUGACUCUGGCCAAUGUUCUCUACUGCUGGAAGAUUAACCGCGACAAGGCUAAUGGCAAGUACGACAAGUGGAUUGGCUCGGGCGAUGACCGCGAUCCGUCUUUCAAGAUGGUUCUGUGA